UGAAGUUGCACACCCAAACAGCGCGUACAGAAAGCACGGGGCAGAAUAUGGGUCUCUGGAUUUUCAACAUUGUGACUUUCUUCUGGAUUGCAACGAGGCUGUCUACAAGUUUGGAAUUUCCUAUUGAUCCAACAAGUGGCCCAACCAUCACCCCUACCGAGUUCCUGGACAAGCUGCUGGGCCCAACAUCUGGUUAUGAUCACAGGAUCCGGCCCAACUUUGGAGGACCUACAGUAAAUGUCAAUUGCAGCGUUUACAUCAAGAGCUUUGGAUCGAUUGAAGAAACUACCAUGGACUACCAGGUGACAAUCUUCCUGCGGCAGAAGUGGAUCGACCCUCGGCUGACUUACAGCCACUACCCUGAGCCCUACUUGGACCUCGACCAGUCCAACAUUCAGUACAUCUGGAGACCUGACCUCUUCUUUGACAAUGAGAAGAGUGCCUAUUUUCACGAGGUCACGACUGACAACAAGAUGUUGAGGAUAUUCAAAAAUGGCUUGGUUCUUUUUACUGUGAGGCUGACAUUGACACUUUCCUGUCCCAUGAAUCUGCGCAACUUCCCCAUGGACACACAGAUGUGCUACAUGUUCCUGGAGAGCUUUGGUUACACCAUGACGGACCUGAGCUUCCACUGGGAUGAAGAGGAGCCCGUGAUCAUCUCCAAGGACCUUGUCCUGCCACAGUUUGUGCUGAGCAGCAAGAUCGACACCGACUCCUGCGACAAGCUGUACAGCAGCGGUCACUUUUCAUGCAUUUCAGCAAGAUUCGUUUUGCAUCGUGAGAUGGGCUUCUACCUGAUCCAGCUCUAUGUGCCCAGUGCGCUAAUCGUCAUAAUUUCCUGGGUCUCCUUCUGGAUAAACAUGGAGGCAGCCCCAGCCCGUGUGGCGCUGGGGAUCACCACGGUCCUCACCAUGACCACACAGAGCACGGGAGCAAGAGCGUCACUGCCUAAGGUCUCCUACAUCAAAGCGGUGGAUAUUUGGAUGGCGACGUGCUUGCUGUUCGUGUUCGCCUCACUGCUGGAGUACGCCGCAGUGAACGUGACAUCCAGGCAGAGCCAGGGGUUCAUGAAGAAGAGCAUAAAGAGGAGCAUGCCCAUAGACCCGGAAAUAGAGGCCAGUGCGCGGAAAAAGUUCAUUGCCCGUGCUCAGCAAAUAGAUACAUUUUCUCGUCUCUUCUUCCCACUCUCCUUCUUGGUCUUCAAUAUCCUUUACUGGGUCACCUUCAAGGUGAUGCUGAAGAAAUGACUCCAAGUGCCGCCACGAUCCACGUCCCCAUUGUUUUGUCGCAGCAGAAGCGGCGGCAGAGGCAUCAGCCAAAGUGAAUGCUUGUAAACAUUGAAGGCAUAUCAAUUUUGUUUAUUUGAUAUCAGAUGAAAACAAAUGUUUUCAUUAAAACUACAGUACCGUGUCGCAUAUCCGACUAUCAAUUGAUCAAAUAAUCGCCACAUCUCGUGCUGCAUCCUGCAUCCUUCAACUAUAAUUUUAAGAAAUAUUCGCACAUCCGACCUUUUCUCAUAGUCGCCUGUAGGGCUGAACGAUUUGGGGAAAAUAUCUCAUUACGAUUUUUCUUACAGAUAUUGCGAUUUGAUUUGAGAUUAUUUUUUUUAAGUCAAGCUUCAGUUCAAUAUUCAUUGUGUAAUAGAUUUUAAAUGUGAUGGAGCAUUACCACAUGUUACCAUCAACAUAUGAACUGCUCUAUAUAAUUCUAAUGCAAGGAUGAGAAAUUAAAAUAUAUGAAUUGCUUCCAACAUGUAUGUAUUAAAAUAUUUUCAUUGAAAUAUAACAAUCAAACAUAGAACAAUUGUUAAGUUAAAUAAAUACAGUUAUAAAAAAAAAUCAUUCCAAUAAUAAAGUAAUAGGACUUUUCAAAUGGCAAAAAAUAGCAGACUUUGCGAUUUGCUAAUCGCAUUGUUUCAAAUUUCGAUUUGAAAUCGAUUAAUCAUACAACCCUAGUUCCCAGUGAGUCGGAUACGUGGCGUUGCACUGUAUGAACUUCUAAAGAACUGUAUGUACUUUACAUAUUCGCUGGGUCAUGCAUUUUUAUUACCAGGCUCAUGUAAGCGACAUUUCAUGGCAUGUUUUAAACAUUUUAAACAAAUGUGAUGCCAUAGGAUGUUUUAUACAACCACAAAGCAUUGCAGUUUUUCGUUAGAAUUCAUGUGGUAUAUAUAUGGGCAAUUGUGUUGUCCCAGUAAUAUUUUCCACUGCAUAGUUUAACUUCACGGAUAAUUAAAUAAUAGCCUAAGAGUUAGGUAAAAGCCAAAGGCGCAGCCCUGUGAUUUCUUGCUCAAGCCACUUCUGGCAGAAGGGCCUUCGCGACAGCGAGCAGGAGGGAAUUUGAACGAUCCUUCCAGGCUGGCCAGAUGUUUUGAAAGAUAUUCGGAGUACCCACAGUUUUCCCCACCACGGACGCGACCUGCCGGUCAACUGUGGCAUUACACAUUUAUAUUGCUAGGUGUACAGGGUUGGGGGAAUUUUAUGAAACUUGCCCCACUGUUUUGAUUGCCACACCGGGAGAUUGAAUCAAACGAGGCGACCUCUGUAUUGCAUGUCCAGUGUGCUGACCAUUAACACCAUGGCAGAAAAUGAAAGCAUAUAUACUGUAGUUCAAUUUCAUUUUGGACACAUUUGCUGCUAUUGGUACAAAGAUUAAAAAAUAUUUACAUAUGUAACUACUCCAACUUGCUCACCCUCGCUGACGCAUUCAAAGCCUUAUAUUGUUUUUUACGAAGUGUCUUUUCAUGGGCAGCUCGGAAUUGUGUCAUUUAACCUUUGUUAUGUUCGUGAUGUAUUGUGCUAUGCCUUGGUUUAAUUUGCACGUUGCUGCAUGGAAAGACCUUUACAGAGGUCUGUGUAACGGUUUUUACGUAUGGAAAUAGGACAUCUCAAUUCUUACGACCACAAGCAGGGACCCGCCAUAGUAUACACAUACAUGAAUCUGCAACUGCGACGGUUGGGGUACAGAAAUAUUUUUUUCGCGACAGUGGGGACUGAUGAUGACGACAAAUCUCCCUGCAGUUUAGACAUUCUCAAUUGUUCUGUUCAAGGUUGGUGAGACCCACUUUUGUUGUCAUUCGGUCGUUUUACAUGUGGAGAAUAGACAUUGUAAAUGAGUUGUAGACGAAUCCAAAGAGUACCAAGGGAUUUCAGGUUAUUUUGUAUUGCCAGGUGAGAACUCCAAGACCGACGGAGUCUUAUUUGGAAAAGUGACCUGCAUCUCCAAAAUAACAAAAGCAAAACAAAUAAAAUUAAGUUCAGCAAUGGGCAAUAUAGAAAUCACAACAAAACAACUGUGAUUUUAAGUCUUGAGUUGAAGCUUUCGUGACUGCAAGAAUCCAUACUCUUUGGUUCUUUCGGUAAAGUCACGUAAUUAUAAAUAAAAUAAAACAAAUCACGACGUUUCGAUCGCAAUACAAGCGGUCGUCAUCAGGCAAAGGAGUUAGCCUCUAAAGACAAACUGUUUAUAAAGGUUUGGGGAUGGGCGUAGCCCAAGUGUAUCAACAGCACCAGGAACAAAAUUGUUUUAUUCGCAAAGCUUUUUCUCCAACCACGGAGAAACAACCCCCGGAGAAGCUGAUCAAAACCAUCACGUUACCAUACAUACAGAGGCGUAGCUAGGGGGGGGCAGGGGGGUACAUAUGUCCCCGGGCGCCAAGGUAAAGGGGCGCCAAAAUGAGGAUUACAACUUUACAUUAUAACUUAUUGCGGCGGGCGCGGCAGCCUGAAACUACUGCAAAAAUCUACACCUCAACCUAAAAGUUCAUAUAUCCCGCCACACACAGCCUACAUGUCAUGUAAUUACAUUUUGGUACGUGGAAAAUUUGAAUACGGAUGAGGAUAAAAAUGUUGGAAACUUUCUCGCGCUGAUCAAACUCGUUGCUCAGUGUGACCCAUUGUUAGCAAAACACGUACAGCACGCAGGAGAAACUCCGGGAUCAGUUUCUUAUUUGUCACCGGAAAUCCAGAAUGAAUUUAUCCACAUACUUGCGUCGACUGUAAAGAACGAAUUGUUGAGUGAUAUCGGGAAAAACAAGUACUACGGUAUCUUACUUGACUCAACUCCUGAUCUAGGACAUCGGGAACAGCUUUCUCAGGUCGUAAGAUUUGUGGAUUUUCAAACUAAAAAAGUAACUAUCAAAGAAUAAUUUUUAGGUUAUAUCGAGAUACAUGCAAAAGAUGCAGCAAGCCUAGAAAGAGUCAUCGUCGAGAGACUGAAAUCUGACAACAUACCUCUAUCCGACUGUCGGGCACAAUGUUAUGACAAUGCUGCUGUGAUGACUGGGCAUAUAUCCGGCCUUCAACAACGAAUAUGUGACAAAAAUCACAGAGCAUUGUUUGUCAACUGUGACAACCACAGCUUAAACUUAGCAGGAGUACACUCAGCUAAACAGGAACCACUUGUCGUCACAUUUUUUGGAACAUUUGAAAGUAUAUAUUUGUUUUUCUCUCGUUCAACAAUUCGUUGGGAAGAGUUAAAAAAAGCUGUGCCCAUCACAGUAAAGCGGGAAUCUGAAACACGCUGGAGUGCACGAUCAGAAGCUGGUAAAGCUAUCUAUGAAGGACUGGAUGAACUAGUAGGGCUGCUAGACAAAUUAUCGGAGGACGUAACUAUGACGCCUGAAACCAGAAGUGAUGCAGAACAGUUACAGGUGUAACUCACUACACAAGCAUGCGUAUUAAAUUUUAACUUCAUAGUUUUAUUACAUUUCUGUAAUGUCAUUCUUGGAAAAAUUGAUCGUGUUCAGAAUAGCUUACAGGAUCAUACUAUGAAUUUCAAGGAAGCAGCAACUGAUCUUAAAUCUUUGGAGCAUUAAUUUGUCAAGCUUCAUGAUGAUUUGAGCCAAGUUGCUGUAGAAAACGCCAAAACAAGAUUAACAGCAGGGGGAUCGAUAUGGACAGAAGAAUUAGGCGACGUCGGAAGAUGCCAGGAGAACUGGCAAGAGAUGCAGGACUUUCAGCAGAAGAAGAAAUUGUGCGCGUUAUGAAGUGUAUUUUAUCGACUUCAACAGGAGAUGUCAACACGGUUUUUACGACUAAAAGACCUGAACAUAAAAUUUGGAUUUCUGCUGGACGUCAAAACUCUUCUAUCCGACACAGAUGUCGAUACAAUUCGUCGAAAUUGCACAGAUUUUGGAAAUUUCUAUGACACCGACAUCAAUGGCCACGAAUUUUUCACAGAAAUUGGAGAUUGCAAAAUGCUGCUCAGUAACCAGAAUGAAGUUCUACCAGAAACUCCUUUGGAUCUUCUUGGUUUUUAUUGUGUUUUAUGGAGGCGACAUAUUUCCGAAUUUGCGAAUUUCACUGCAAAUUUUAUUAACAAUAGCAGUUUCAAUUGCAAGCUGUGAGCGGUGGUUCAGCAAAUUGAAACUUAUUUUGUCGUAUUUGCGUGCUUCAAUGGGACGAGAUCGUCUCAGUGAUCUUGCUCUUCUUAGCGUUGAAAGAGAAACAUUGGAAAAAACAGAUUUUGAUUACGUGAUUGACCAGUUUGCGACAGUGAAAUCAAGAAAAAUGUUUCUUUUGUAGACUAUGUCAACCAGUCUACGACAGUGACUGAGUGAGCCAUGUAAUAUAAUUUCUAUAAAUUUGCUUCUUUAAAUACAAUAUUUCAUUACAAUUUAAAUUGUUAUUCCUUAUUCGAUGUAAUAGGAAAAUGUGAUUAAACGGGGGGGGGGGGGGGGCGCCAAUUUUAUAAUUCGUCCCCGGGCGCAAAAUAUCCUAGCUACGCCUCUGCAUACAUAGCAGGUGUUACCAAAAAUAUUUCCAAAAUCUUAAACAAACACAAGAUCCAAGUCCGAUUCAAUACAGUACACAAAAUCCGUGAUCUAAUCCCAUCUGUGAAGGAUGUAAUUCCUGACAUGCAAUAUCCUGGAGUUUACAAACUGAGUUGUACCUGCGGUACCAGUUACAUUAGGGAAACGAAACGACAUGUCUCGGACCGUGUUCGUGCACACAAGGCAGAUCUGAAAUACGGCAGAACCAAUACCUCUGCCGUAACUGACCAUUGUUAUAACGCUGUGGGCUCGCAUGAUAUUGUGUUUUCUGAGACCAAGCUACUCUGCAAACCUUCGGGGUACUAUCAAAGGUUUGUUCAUGAAGCCAUCCAGAUAUAUAAACAUAGACAUAACUUCAACCAAGAAGAUGGAUACAAAUGUAGCAAUCAUUGGAAAGAUGUUAUUAACCAGGUAAAAUCUUAACUGUUUAUGGUUGUUCCAUUAUGUCUGCCGGGUACUAGUCUAUUUUUACGAGUUAAUUCCCCCCCCGCAUCCCCAGCCUUCCCAGUCUCCCAUUUUCAGCCCCGUCCACUCCCCCCCCCCCCAGCUUCACGUCCUCUCUCCCCCGAGCGCUCGCGCAGCCCCCCCCCCCCAUCCCCUACCCCCUCCCCCCUCUCUCUCUCCCCCCUUGCUCCUCCCCCCUUUCUUAC